UGACCAUAUAAUAAAGAACGACAGAUCCAGCCUGCCUAAUCAAUUCAUGCCAUUACGGAAAUCCUCAGCUCCUGUUGCCCCUUUUCCUUCAUCACCGGCGCCGAAAAAUCCGGCGAUCCUCCGUCGAUGGUAUGCCCGACGGUCGGCGCUUGUUCGAAGUAAUCACAGCAGAAGUGAUGAGGCUCCUGAGCUGGCUCAGUUGCUGCUGGCAGAGAAGGCCCUGGAGGGGCCGCGGCGGCGACGGAGGAGGAGGAGGAGGAGGAGGAGAUGGAGUCGGAGGAAAGGAUAAGGAUGCUACUUCUCAGCCCUCUUGGAACCUGUUCAUCGACCUCGCUACGCUGGUGGCCGCUACUGGUAACUUCUCGGAUGAUAAUCUCCUGGGCCGCGGUGGCUUUGGCCCCGUCUACAAGGGAGUGAUGGCCAAUGGGCAGGAGAUUGCAGUGAAGCAACUGGCUUUGGACUCGCGGCAAGGGUUAAGAGAAUUUACGAAUGAGGUGAGGCUUCUUCUCAAGGUUCAGCAUCGCAACCUCGUCUCCUUGCUUGGCUGCUGUGCUGCUGCGGGCCAGAAGAUGCUCGUUUACCCCUUCUUACCUAACCGUAGCCUCGACCAUUUCCUAUUUGGUAAAAUCAAGCAGACCCCAUUGCAUUGGUCAAAACGUUUGGAGAUUAUUGGGGGAGUGGCAAAAGGUCUCCUUUAUCUACAUGAAGAGUCCCCAGUAAAGAUCAUCCAUAGAGAUAUUAAGGCUAGCAACAUCCUGCUUGAUGAACAACUGAGCCCAAAAAUCUCAGACUUCGGUUUGGCUAGGCUUUUUUCAGGCGAUGAAACCCAUGUCAACACCUUUAAAAUAUCUGGUACCUAUGGUUACAUGGCUCCCGAGUAUGCCUUAAAUGGCUACUUAUCUCCAAAGAGCGACGUCUUCAGCUUUGGGAUCCUGUUGUUGGAAAUUGUUAGUGGAAGGAAGAAUCUGGAACCUCUACUCGGUGAAGAGAAGGCCGAUCUUUUGAGCUAUGCAUGGAAUCUCCACAAAGAAGGGAAGGCAUUAGACAUAAUGGAUCCCACCCUGUCUUCUUAUAGUUCAGAUGAAGCUUUGUUUUGCAUUCAGAUUGGUUUGCUAUGCUGCCAAGCUAUUGUAUCUGAUAGACCAGACAUGUAUAACGUUCAUCUCAUGCUUUCUAGUGAUUCAUUCACACUACCAAAGCCUGGAAUGCCAGGCCUAAGGGGAAGGAUUGGAGGGUGGACUAGUACCUCUUCAGCUCUUUCAAACACCAACACAGACAGAUAUAGUACUGCUACUGGCACUGAAAUAACUAAAGCAUCGACAUUGUCUAAUCUAGGAGAAUCCUCAUCAAGUUCUACUUUGUAUAAUGCUGUAGAAGACUAUUCAAGAAAUUCUAUUUCUGUUUCUUUGACUACUGUUGGAAGGUGAAAUCUGUGUUCCUGUUGGAUUCUUUCAUUUAUCAGAUUUGUAGGCAGGGUUUAGGAACUUUGAUUGUAUGCCCAGACUUUAUUGAAUGUAUAUUACAGUGGGUUAUCAGUUGAUGUGGA